CAAAAUUCCAGCUCAACCAAACCAACAUUUCCUUUCUUGACCAAACAAUUACUCCACCAUGGCCAACAAUGCCAAUGAUGGAGCCUUUGGGUUGGAAGACGUGCCGGAUUUGCCUGAAGCACCCACGGAACAGCCCAAGUACAACCGGGAUUACCAUCGACUCUUCGUCAAAUUCAUGAGCUGGCUGCACAAGAGGACGUACACCAAGGCGGCUCGCUUCCAACCCAGUGCUUUGGCCGGCAUCCAACCACACCACGUUGCCGACUACUUGAAAUGGCGUGCGUAUGGUACGACGGACGUUGACUUCAAAGACCUCGAGCAGAAUCCAACUUGCCGCUCCUCUACUCUUGAGCAAGACAAGAAGGCUAUUUCCUUUUACAUGCCCAUCAAAGGUGCCACAUGGAAUGGAACCUCCGGCAAUCCAACCAAGUCCGAUCCUGUGAACGAAGUGGUCAAGGAAGUCAAGAAAGCGGAGACUCAACACCGCGGCAAGAAGUCCUGUGCCACCAGGGAUUUGACGGAAACAGAGUAUCGCAAGGUGGUCCAUGAACUCUACGGCAAAGGGAGCUUUGAAUCGACCAUCCGUACAGCCUGCAUGUUGAAGCAGCAAGUCCAUCUCAUCACCAGGACGGACGACAUCUCCAAGUUGAAGUAUUCCGACUACAAGCCGCAUCCAGACUUCCCUUUUGCGCUCAGUUGCAAGGUGCAUUGGUCCAAGAAUAUUUCAGAAGAACGACAAUGCCCCGACCAAAUCAUUCUUGGGUCGAUGGAUACCGACUUUUGUGCCAUGCUCGGAUUGGCGAAUUACAUGGAGGCGUCCUUCAACUACGGGUAUGGCGCCGCUGGUCGGGAAGAUGCAUUCCUCUUUACUCCCGAAAGCGAUCCCAAGUUGGCUCCCAAGCACUGCAACGCAGCCUACCGCAACAUUCUCAAGGCUGUCUUUUUGUCGGCUCCAUUUCUGGCUGUGGCGCUCAUUGCUGGUGUUCUUGGGAGUCACAGCAUUCGGAAGUUUGCUGCAACUCUGGCAAGAGGGAUGGGUGCUACUGCUGACGAAGUUGACAUGCAGGGGAUUACCACAGGAUUUGCCAUUGCCCACAAUGACCCCCAAAAGGGCAAGAUCCGACUGACACUCAAGAUACCGUACUGUAGUGGGACGGUAGACAAGUCUAGAAUUAUAUUAUGGACUCAGUAG